AUGCAUGAGGGCCAGAAAGUAUACGCACAGCACUACAUGCCUUGCGCCUUUGGUCUACUGGAGCGGGCCCAGCGGAUGUCACAGUACAUAAACCCCAUCCCUUCUGGAAUUGUGGUUGGGAAACGCAAGGUAGCACAGAUCCAUAUCGAAGAUGUAUUCAGUCACGCCCGUAAUAAAUCUUCUGGGAGGAAUGAAGUUAGAUCCGCACAAAGCGACAGCAAGGACGUAGGUAGGACAGACGGACUUAUCAUGGACAUUGGGGAAGAUGGUACGAGACCUACACAUCCAGUAGGGUGGGUCAAAGGGUAA